AUGCCUGCACGGUCAACCAAACUCACACUAGAAAACUCCUCUGCCGCCGCCGCCGCCAUCACCACCACCACCACCACCACCACCACCACCACCACCACCACCACCACCACCACCACCACCACCACCACCACCUGGUAAUUGUGGAGUAGGGAGCACUUUGUGUGUGGCAGGCGCAGACGAGCUGCUUGCCCUUGUCAGUCGCUGCGGUCGUGACCUUGUCAUGACAUCGGAAAAUGAUGAGUGAGAGGUGGGUGCGGCAGAUAUAUGCUUCACACGUAGUUAACGAAUUGUGGGCUCACCUGGAGAGCGGUUGACAUCCUCGUGUGUGAUUGUCUAACUGUCAUCCUUAAGGUCGUAGUCGCAUGCGCACGCGUCACAAAGUUAAUUUGUUCCGGCUUUCAAAACCCAGAUUGGCAGUAUUCCUAGUUAACAUAAGCCACGGUUAAGCGGAACAUAGGGUGGGUUCAGGGGACAUUCGUUCAGGUAUGGAAGACGAAAAAUGAGGGGUGGAAAUGAGUCAGGAGAGUCUUACGGAGGAGUGGAGUCAGUAAUUUUUUCCGACAAAGGCAAGGACGCCGACAUGGUCGCUUUAACUUUAUUCGCUGUCAACUGUCAGUGACACCUCCAUCUAGAGCUGCGUUUCUGAGCCUUGGGACCCAGUGAAUUGCUAAUCAAAUGACGCCCUCACCUCUGCAUUAAGGAUUUGCAUCAUGCUGAUUGCGUUCGAAAACAUUGAACUAGAUGGGGGUGGCAUAAACCGAUCAAUACACAGAUUGCAGGACGCAAAUAAGCAUUUCUACUUAACCACGACCUAAGGGCACACAGACCAGAUGGGAAAAUGCUCGUUGCGCUGGAGUGCACAUGUACCCGUGACGAAGCAAGCGCUGACGGGGGCCGCGUCGGUCUAGCUGCUGUUGGCCUUGUCCACUUUGGGGCGGCUGCUGAGAGCGCUGUUUUCGAGGUCUGGCGUUCGAAAGUCGAGCCGGUCAGCUGACAGAUAGAGCCCUACCGGCCUGUUAGUUCUUUAUGGUACUCCCACUCGGUUAGGAUACGAGCGGCUCCCUCUGUUGUGAAAUCUUGGUCGUUUGUGUGGCGGACCAGGGGGUGUUCUGGCACGCCUAGGUGUGGGUUCACGCCGCGCCGGUUGUCCGCGCCCCAUCCCGCCCUCGGUCUUCUUGACUCUGUCUUGACACCGGGUCCAACCGGGGAGGAGAGAGUGCGGCAGAUGCUGAGCACACCUAUUAUCACUUUAAACUAAUCCAUGCGCAAGUCACCACCACUCUGCUGUGGGGCACACGACGGACAUUGUCGGAAUCGACGGUCGAACUUCACAUCAUCUGAUGGUCCUGACAUGCACCAUCGCAACAAAGCAGGAGGGGAGAUGGGUAGCAAGUCACCUUCCGUAUUCUGACCCGGCCGCGAAAACAAACUCACAGAGAACAAGACACUGACUAGGCUCACUCGAGCUACGUCGGUAGUCUGUCUGCGCGGCUGAACGGUAAUUUGUACAAUGCUGACCAGAAAUAACGGCUCCUUCGUCUCUUUACGCAGACAUCGUUAAUGUUGUCAGGUCUGAAACCAUUACUGGGCGAAAAGGAGUGGUCUAAGGGGACGUCGCGUGGAUAGGACAGGUCCAGCAGUGGGAUUAUGCCAUACGGAGAGCCGAUUCAAUUGGUAGAAGGGCCUAAGAUCCACCGUUCUCAUUGCAAAAGUCCCACGUUGGAGACAAAGACGCUGUUAGCGUCACAUAAGGGCAGGCGGGUCGGCGAGAUCUGCCCGCGACUGAGAGGAGCGUUGGUGACCGAGUCUGGUCGUGACGGCGGCUGGGAGGGCUGGUGGUGCGCUUUGCUCCCUGAUUAUCGUCCGCUAGCUUUUAGAACGCCUAGUUAGACAGACAGUAGGCGUCGACGGCUGCGAAACGUUCGGGUCUUACCACAGUUUCCAGACAAACAGUGUUUAUUGGGUUUGGAAGUCGUUCCACGCAUGUUCUAACACCGGUCCAGGAUGUGAGGACAGCCUACGAGUGCGUGUUCAGUAGUUUCUGCCUCGGUGACACAUUCUCUUCAGGCAUAAUUGUCGAGGCGGCCUUCCUUUUUCUGCUAGUCAAGGAGGUAGGGGCGGUUGCCAGUCUACGAUGGAUUACGCUUAUCUAGGAAGCACACUUUUCUUCAGCGGGUGAAUCGGCGACGGAGUGGCCCACCGGAUCUCAAAAGUCAGUCAACACUUUGGUCGGCUGCAGAACUCCGUAUGGGGUCGCCACGGCCUUCAACUGAACACCAAACUGAAGAUGAAGAUGGCUGUCGACUUGACGACAUUUGUCUACGGAGCGGGACCCGGACCGCCUACUCCAACCAUGCCAAAAAGCUCGACCACUUCCAUCGUAGCAGCCCUCGCAGAAUAUUAAAGCCAAGAUGGCAAGACAGGAUGCCCGACAUGGAAGUCGUACAACGGAUUAGUAUCCGCAGCAUCCACACCGUGCUGAGGCAACUGCAGCUACGUUGGAGCGGCCAUACCGCGAGGAAAGAAGAUACACGCCUACCGAAACAACUCUUUUAUGGUGAUUUCGGCACCGGUGCUCGCCGACCGCGAGGACCAAAAUGCCGCUACAAGGACACAUUGAAGAAUUCUCUUAAGCGAUUGCAUAUCAGUCCAGCAACCUGCGAGGACACUGUUCAGAAAAUACCGGCCUAA